CGGGGCCCCACCGGCGUGAGUGGGGGCGCAUGCGCGCUGUGGUCUCGCUGCAUUCUGGGACAAGAUGGCGGCGGGAGCUCCAGUCAGGGCCUCAGGACGUGUGUUGAGUGGCUUUCGAAAGUGGUACUACAAUGCUGCUGGGUUCAACAAACUUGGACUGCAGCGAGAUGACACAAUGUAUGAAGAUGAUGAUGUGAAAGAGGCUUUAAAAAGGUUGCCUGAAAAGCUUUACCAUGAACGAAACUUUCGCAUAAAAAGAGCUUUGGACUUAAGUAUGAAGCAACAAAUCCUUCCAAAAGAUAAUUGGACAAAAUAUGAGGAGGAUUCACCCUACCUGGAACCAUACCUUAAAGAAGUGAUCCGUGAACGAAAAGAAAAAGCAGAGUGGAAUAACAAGUGAUACUGAAUGGAGCUGGUAGUCUUUUUGAUAAUCCCUGUUAAUAUCUGGUCAAUUGAAAAAUAUAUAUAUAAUUGGCUUUUAUUGAUAGCCUGGAUUUAAAAAUCACACUUGUGCACUGCAAAACUGGUUGAUGUAAUGGAUUGCUUCUACAAAUUAAAAUACAUUUGUUCUAUCAUUAUUUCCUGUUGCAUGUAAUUAUGUAUAGCUUAAAUAAAAUAAAGUUUUGACCUUCCUGUCAA